CGGGCGCGGGGCGCUUCCGGGAGGGUGGCCGGCCCGUGUCGGGCCGAGGCGGGAUCCCCUCCUUCUGCCCCGAGAGCUCCAGGGGAGCUGCGGGAGGCGCGCCGGCCCUCGGGUACAGGCAACACCUGAGCGGGGAUCCGAGUCGCUCGGCGCCGCCGCGACCUGAUCCCAGAGCGCUGUGGGAGGGGCGCGCGGAGCGCUCGGCUCUGCUCCGGCGGCUUCACUUCUCCGGUCGCUGGCCACUGGGGCGAGAGGGGUGGAGCGGUGCAGACGGCUGGUAAUGCCUUCUCCCAGGAAAACUCCCCCCCCCCCCCUCUGAUCGUGAAGGGAUCACCAGAACAUUUAGAAAGCACGAGAAAUUACCGUGUCACGGAGAGGAGUGGCGAGAGCGGGGAAGCGGGGAGCUCCGGGGAAGCCGAUUUGCUCCGCGAGCUGCGGCGCGAGCCCGGCGGCCCGGGCGCUGAGAUUUGGGGAAGCGGGAGCCGCCGGGCGGGGCGGCCACGCUGUGUUUGUUUCUUUUCACUUCCUGCGGCAGCUGCUCAAGAUGAGGAGGGGAGCGGGGCUCGGGCGGAGCGGCCUCGUCCCGUGGGUCUGAGCGUCCACCCCCGCCGCCGGGACUCCGGCCCCCCUGGGCUUCGGCUAUGAGCGCUCGGUGACCGGCGGCGCCGCGAGUCGUAGACCCGGGACUUCGGGAGGCAAUGCUGGCUCGGCUUUGAGUGGCUUCGGGACAGUGAAGAAACCCUAAAAUGGAGGACUUUUCCAACAGGACCUACGGCACCAGUGGCCUCGACAACAGACCACUGUUCGGAGAGACGUCGGCCAAGGAUAGAAUCAUCAAUUUAGUUGUUGGCAGCUUAACAUCCUUGUUGAUUCUAGUAACGCUGAUCAGUGCUUUUGUUUUCCCUCAACUACCUCCAAAACCGCUGAAUAUAUUUUUUGCUGUCUGCAUCUCUUUGAGUAGUAUUACUGCCUGCAUACUUAUCUACUGGUAUCGGCAAGGAGACUUAGAACCGAAAUUUAGAAACCUAAUUUACUAUAUUUUAUUUUCUAUCAUCAUGUUAUGUAUAUGUGCGAAUUUGUACUUCCAUGAUGUGGGAAAGUGAGUCUGCCAAGGAGAAAUACUUACCAGGUCUCUUCAUCAAAGCUAUAUAUUUGGACUUGAAUAAGAACUGGAUAAGGUAUGCUGAACAAUGUCCUGCAUAAGUCUGAUACAUGAUUUUCAUGUUAAUUGUAAAUCUAAAUUCCCUCUUGCAGGGGAGACAUAUCCUAGAUCACUUUGCUUUUUCUUUAAGGAGCUGAUGUUGCACUUAAACAUUCCCCCUUAAAGCUCAAACAGCACAAGUCAUUUUCACUUUUGAAAUUAAAAUUUUUUAUAAUGGAAUUGCAUGGCGAAAGGCUAUGUAACAAACAAUCUUGCAUUUUAAGACAAAUACUCUUUUAUUUCUGUUAAACUGAAUAUACAAUUAUUGUUCCCUAGGCAACCAACUUUUGCUUUUAACUACAAUUUCACGUUAACAAAAAACACAGACGGUGAAAAGACAACUUUGA